CGCCGCCGGCCGCAGCUGCUGCUGAGGGCCGGUGCCUGCAGCAUGGAGCUCUGGGCCGUGCCCUGGAUGAUGCUCUGCCUGCUCUGCCUGCCGCCCUGCGCCAGGGCCCAGACGAAGAUCCCGCUGGAGACGGUGAAGUCCUGGGCAGAUGCCUUUGGUGGGGAGCUGUACUCCAUUGUGACUAAGUAUUCAGGCUCUCUCCUGUUGCAGAAGAAGUACAAGGAUGUGGAGCCAACUCUGAAGAUCAAGGAGGUGGAUGGCUUGGAGCUGGUGAAGAAGUUCUCAGAACAGAUGGAGAGCAUGCUCCGCAGGAAGGUGGAAGCUGUCGAGAGGCUGGUGGAAGCAGCAGAAGAUGCAGAUCUGAACCAUGAGUACAACUCCUCGCUGGAGUUUGAUUACUACAACUCUCUCCUGAUUAAUGACAAGGAUGAGAAUGACAAUUAUGUGGAGCUUGGGGAUGAAUUCAUUCUGGAGCCAAAUGAGCAUUUCAAUAACCUGCUGGUGAACACAACCUACAGUGACAUCCAGCUGCCCACCAAUGUCUACAAUAAAGACCCUGCUAUCCUCAAUGGAGUUUACAUGUCAGAAGCCCUGAAUCCUAUUUUUGUGGACAACUUUGAAAGGGAUCCCACACUGACCUGGCAGUACUUUGGCAGCUCCACUGGAUUCUUCAGGUUGUACCCAGGAAUAAAGUGGUUACCAGAUGAGAAUGGAGUCAUCUCCUUUGACUGCAGAAACCGUGGCUGGUACAUCCAAGCUGCCACCUCUCCCAAGGACAUUGUCAUCAUUGUGGAUGUCAGUGGCAGCAUGAAGGGCCUGAGGAUGACCAUUGCCAAGCACACCAUCGUCACCAUUUUGGAUACUCUGGGAGAAAAUGACUUUGUCAACAUCAUUGCAUACAAUGAUUAUGUUCAUUUUAUUGAGCCCUGUUUUAAGGGUAUCCUGGUCCAAGCAGACAGAGACAACAGAGAGCACUUCAAGCAGCUGGUGGAUGAACUGCAGGCAAAAGGAGUGGGGACUGUGAGCAAGGCUUUGACAGAAUCCUUCAAAAUCCUCCGAGAGUUCAGAGAAGCUGGCCAAGGAGGUUUGUGUAACCAAGCCAUCAUGCUGAUCACCGACGGAGCCGUGGAGGAUUACGAAGCUGUGUUUGAAAAAUACAACUGGCCUGAUCGGAGGGUGCGGGUGUUCACGUACCUCAUUGGACGGGAGGUCACUUUUGCCCCGAACGUGAAAUGGAUUGCCUGCAAUAACAAAGGCUACUACACUCAGAUCUCCACGCUGGCAGAUGUCCAGGAGAAUGUCAUGGAGUACCUGCACGUGCUCAGCCGGCCCAUGGUCAUCAACCACGACCACGAUAUCAUCUGGACAGAAGCCUACAUGGACAGCGCGCUCUUUGCAUCACAGGCUCAGAGCCUGCUGCUCAUGACGACAGUGGCCAUGCCGGUGUUCAGCAAGAAGAAUGAGACGCGCUCCCAUGGCAUUCUUCUGGGAGUGGUGGGCUCUGAUGUCCCACUGAGGGAGUUGUUAAAACUUGCUCCACGGUACAAGCUGGGUGUCCAUGGCUACGCCUUCCUGAACACCAACAACGGCUACAUCCUCUCCCACCCUGACCUCCGUCCUUUGUAUAAAGAAGGAAAGAAGCUGAAGCCAAAGCCAAACUACAACAGCGUAGAUCUCUCAGAAGUGGAGUGGGAAGAUCAGGAUGAAAUACUGAGAAGUGCCAUGAUCAAUGGGGAAACAGGCUACCUCUCUAUGGAUGUGAAGGUCCCUGUGGACAAAGGGAAACGAGUUCUCUUCCUCACCAAUGAUUAUUUCUUCACGGACAUCAGUGGCACACCCUUCAGCCUGGGUGUUGUGUUGUCCAGGGGGCACGGGGAGUACAUUCUGCUGGGGAACACUUCAGUGGAAGAAGGUUUGCACGACCUGCUCCAGCCAGACCUGUCUUUAGCAAAUGAGUGGAUUUACUGCAUCACUGACAUUGAUCCUGACCACAGGAAGCUCAGCCAGCUGGAGGCUGUCAUCCGUUUCCUCACUGGAGAGGAGCCUGACCUGGAAUGUGAUGAGGAGUUGGUCCAGGAAGUGCUCUUUGAUGCAGUGGUCACUGCCCCCAUGGAGGCCUACUGGACAACACUAGCCCUCAACAUGUCCUUGGACACUGAGGCAGGCGUUGAGAUGGCAUUCCUGGGUACUCGUGCUGGACUCAUGAGGAGUGCCCUGUAUGUGGGCUCUGAGAAGAUUUCCAACAAGAAAUUCCUGACACAGAAGGACAAGGAAAGCAUCUUCACCAUGGACCACUUCCCUCUGUGGUACCGCAGAGCGGCCGAGCAUCCCCCCGGCAGCUUCAUCUACAGCAUUGUCUCCGAAGACGAUUCAGAGGGGGGUGGCCUGCCAAAAGUGGUGACAGUGAGCACGGCUGUGUCUGUGUCUGUGGACGGGAAGAUGGGAAUUGCUGCAGCUGUGGGUGUGCAAAUAAAGCUGGAUUUGCUGCAACGCAAGUUUUGGAUGGCCAUGCAACAGCCCAAUGACAGUGAUUGCAGUGCCGUGGAUGGAGCCUGUCCACUCAGCUGUCAGGAUGACAUUCUGAACUGCUUCCUCAUCGACAACAAUGGCUUUAUACUUGUUUCCAAAAUACCUGAAGAGACUGGAAAAUUUUUUGGUGCAGUGGAUGGCUCAGUGAUGACCCAGCUGCUAAACAUGGGCAUGUUCAGGCGAGUGACCAUGUACGAUUACCAGGCAAUGUGCAAGGUGCCCUACCACCACCACAGUGGUGCCCAGCCCCUGCUCAGUCCAAUUUAUGCCUUUGUAGCUGCAGUGAAGUGGCUGAUAAGUGAUUUCCUCAUCUUCCUUUUGGAGUUUAACAUGAGUAGUUUCUGGCACUCAGACAACUUGGCAGAUGCCAAGGCUGUCUUCCAUCACUCUCACAAGCACAAGAAGCACGACAUGCUGCAGCCCUGCGACACCGAGUACCCCGUGUUCGUGUACGAGCCGGCCAUCAAGGAGACCAAUGGGCUCAUCAACUGUGGAGACUGCCAAAAGAUGUUUGUGGCACAGCAGAUCAUCAGCAGUAACCUCCUGCUCCUCGUCACGGACACUGUCUGCGACUGCAGCAUCUUCCCACCCGUCCCAAUGGAUGCAAAGGAGGUCAAAUACAACGCUUCGGUGAAGUGUGAGCGGAUGCGCUCCCAGAAGCUGCGCCGGCGGCCGGACUCGUGCCACGCCUUCCACCCUGAGGAAAAUGCCCAGGACUGCGGUGGCACUGCUGGGAUUUCGGUGUGUCCGGCGCUGCUGCUCCUGCCCCUGGUGCUACUGCUGCGGUGACACUGCCUUAGGUGGCAGGGGACACAGCGGUGCCAGGGGAGGAGAUGGGGUCCCCUUCUGGAACACCCUCUGUGGCUUCCCGAGGUGUCCUUCACCCCAGGGAGAUGGGAUAAGGAGCAGGGGUAGCUCCUGGCACAGCCACAGCUGAGCGGCUCCUCCCCAACACCGCCCCCAGGCGGGAGUGCUGCGAUCCUGGGCAUGGAGAACAUUGCACAUCAGCCUGCCUCCCAUGGGGCCAGCACGGGCGUAGAAGGCUCGGAGGAGCAGAGCUGACUUUAGCAGAGCAGGAUACACCACCUGCCUGUCCUUCAGGAGGAGCCACCGGGAUUUUGGAUAUCUGGCUGUGGAAGCAGCAUGUCUUGGUCUUGGGAGUGGUCCUUUAGCCGGGACCCCAGGGGUGGAACACGGCACCAAAACUGAACUGCGCCAACCUCGCCUGCAGCUGGACAGUGGGAGGCAGCCCAGCUCAGCUGGAGACCUGCAGCCAUGCCAGCUCUGCCUGGGAGACCUCUGACACUGCUAGAGCAGCAUCCAGGUUCUUGUCUACAUGUGGAUUUACCUCUGGAAAGGGGUUUUGUAUGACCCCCCAGAAGAUACUUACUGCUCUCUCCAUUGCAGAAGCAGCUAAGAACCAGCAUGUUUUCCCUGGGAGCAGUACUGCCCUGCUCGUUGCAGCUGCCCUUGAUGGCUCCCUCCUGCCCUGAGCCUGGCAUUCCCAACUGGUGGGCACAGGACAUUUCUCACAGAGCUUUAUGGACAACGGACAAAGGGUGGAGAACACCCUUUUUUUGUUUGUUUGUUUUUUGUAUGAACUGUUCCAUACCAUCUCAUUAAAAACAGCACAUCCUCAUCCCUCAGCACAUCCAGUUCAAACAUCUCUGAUGAGCAUUCCAUAAUCCUGAUUUCUGCUAGCAAGUGCCUUGGGAAUAAACCAUCUCAGAACCAUUAAAUGGUUAUUUAGUGGCUGAAGUGAGCGCUGCCCUUGCUGCUGCACAUUCAUGCUGGGUCUAGAGCCUCUCACAUGAUUGCAGUCUGGCCUUUGGGUCUGAAGUGAGGAAGAAGAAAUAGCACAACCAUUGAAAGAUUUUUGCAGUGGUACAGCAGACACUUAGGUUUGGAUGAUUAAGUCUUUUCAUGAAAAGGAUUCCAAGGCAAUUAAGAGAGAAAUUAUAAUAAGUGACAUCUGGCAAAGAAGUCUUUGAGAGCUGAGUGUUUGCAGAAAUGUUUCCUCACUUCUCCCACCAGAGGGCAGUGUUUUCCUUCUGAAAUGAACCUGAGGAAUAUUUAAAAGACAGCUGAAGGAAUGAACUUCAAAAACAUUUCUCCUGUGAGAAAAUCAGACCCUAAAACUGUCCUUAUCAUUGCUCGUUAUUGCAGCAGGCUCAGACUGUGUCCCAAUAAUUUUGGAAGUUCACCUGUGUGUCUCUGUCAGGAAAAACCAUCCUGAGAUAUCUUUAGCACUGUACUGAGGGUGAAGUCAGGUACAUGUACAAGUACACAGACCCUGGAGACUUUGGGGGAAACUCUAGGGAAGAGGAUUAAUUCAAGGCACCAGGAUAAAAUAUUUAGAAAUAUAAAAUAAAGAUUAAAUGAGCUUGUUGCAAAGAAAUAAAGAGCAAAUUCUCUUAUUUCGUCACAUUCAAAUAUCCUACAUUUGUCAUCCCAAAGUGAAAACUAUGGAAAAGCUUUACUGCUUAGCUCUUUCACACCUUUCCAGGUUAAGAGAAUGGGAGAACUCAGCACGGAUGGUUUGGGAUCAUGGAUCUCAUUCGGAUAUCCCAGCAGAGGGAUCCCACAGACACCACUAGAGGGCAUCUCCUACCCACAAAUGCUGAAAUCCUCUAAUUUCCAGCAGAAUGCAAAUUUACCAAGAGCAGCCAGUACACCAUUAGAUGGCAUCUCCUACCCACAAAAUGCUGAAAAGCCUCUAAUUUCCAGCUGAAAGCAAAUUUACCAAGAGCAGCCAGAAAUUCCUGCUUGCCCGUAUGAGCAUAUGAGUUUUGUGUCUUCUGUAAUGAAGUAAAAUGUCACUGCCCCUACAUCGAGCUCAUAUAUCCAUCAGGUUUUUAAUCUUUUUAAUAUUUUAGUUGUUUUUUUCCUUGAAAGAAGUGUUAGAAGAAAUACUUUUAAUCAUCAUGGUGGUUUUUGUGAGAGUGAUACAUAUUUGUUUCAUAGAGGGGAAAUGUUAGGUCCAGAGAACCUAAGAGACUUGCAGAGAUUAUUAGAUAUUGUUAUUAAUUCUUGCUGUACAAGCAUUAUCUGCUCCGGGCCAGAGACUGUUUAAAGCUUUUUUAAUUUGCUAGGCCCAGCUAUCACAGAAGUUAUAAAUGGACCACAAGUUUCUUCUUCAGCCUUUCUUUGAUAAAAUGCCCAGCCUUGCACUGAAGUGCUGUUUUUAUACAGCCAAGUGCUGACACCAGUUUCCAACAUUACCUCAGCUUCUAUAGAACACAUUCACCUGCAGCUGCAGGAUAAGGAAGCCUGA